AUGGUACAGAACGAUUUGCGAAAUGUGACCUCUGUCUGUGAGCCACGACAAAAUCUAUCAAGUAGAGGGAUCUUUUUUGAUGAUAAUCCGUUUGAUUUCGCAGUUCCAGUCCUUUGCGCACAACUAUCCAUAUCCGCCUUGAUCAAUGCCUUCUUACAACUUGUUCUUUCCCCAGUAGGUGAAACUGCUUUUAUUUCACAGAUGUGGACCGGUAUUGCAAUGGGACCUUCGAUUCUUGGAAAAUUCGGUGCAUUGGCUGCGACGAUCUACCCCAAAAAAAGUCUGUAUUUAAGAAAAACAUUAGGGAACUUCGCAUGCCUUCUCUUCAUGUUCCUCGUUGGAGUCAAAAUGGAUUUGAGUAUGUCUACAAGUUCCUUCCAUGUUAUUGCAUGCCUUUUAGCCGAUUUAAAUCUUCUUAAUUCAGAGCUUGGCCGAUUGGCUACUUCCUCUUCUAUGGUCAAUGGGGUACAUUUCAUGUUGGGGCCUAUGAUUUUAGGCUUGGCUGUACCAGAUGGUUGGCCGUUAGGAUCAGCAAUAGUCGAUAAGCUUGAUUCCUAUGUUUCGUCAAUUCUCUUGCCAAGCUAUUUUAUUAUUGACAUCGAAUCAUAUAAUUCACUGAUUAUAACCAUGGUUUUGAUGACGCAAACCCUCACUCCCAUAGUGAAAUUACUCUACAAACCAUCCAAGAGAUACAUGGGCGUCAACAGGAGGAGUAUCCAGCAUACAAUGGCUAAUGAAGAGCUCCGUUUGUUGGCCUGCACUUUCAAUCAAAACAGCACUCCUUCCAUCAUCAAUCUUCUCGAAGUCUCCCAUCCAAUGCUUAGAAGCCCUAUCUGCUUCUAUAUUGUCCAUCUCAUGGAACUACUAGGCAGAUCAUCUCCAAUUCUCGUGGUGCAUCAAAAAGGCAAAAGGAGUUCUAUUCAUUCCCAUCAUUCUGACCACGUAAUAAACGCUUUCCGGCUAUAUGAGCAACAUAGUCGUGGUAAGGUAAUGGUGCAUCCAUUUACGGCCAUUGCACCGUAUGCCACAAUGCAUGAUGAGAUAUGCAACCUUGCUUUUGAGAAGAGAGUAUCAAUGGUGAUUAUCCCUUUUCAUAAGCGCUGGAUAUUGCAUGGUUCAGAGGAGUGUGACAACCCCAUAAAAGCUGUCAACUUCAAAAUUCUUAAGAAUGCCCCAUGCUCAGUCGGAAUCUUGGUGGAUAAAGGGACAUUAAGUGGGAGGAAUUUAGGGAGUCGAAAACCUUUGUACAGUAUUGGAAUGAUCUUUGUGGGAGGGCCGGAUGAUCGCGAAGCAUUAACAUAUGCCAUGCGCAUGGCGGAACACCCCAAAGUUAGCCUUACAGUUAUUCAGUUGGUUCAGCCUCAUAAAAAGAGUAAUGAGCUUGAUUUUGAUAUUAUCAAACGGUUUAAGAUGCCUAAUAUCCAUCAAAAGCACUAUUUAUAUAGAGAGGAAGUUGUAAAAGACAGUGUGGAAAUGAUAAAUGUGAUUAAAUCACUAGAAAAUCUUUAUGAACUAAUUUUGGUAGGAAGACAGCAUGAAAGUAAUUCGCCAUUGUUUAUGGGACUUACUUUAUGGAAUGAGUAUCCUGAGCUAGGGUACUUGGGGGACAUGCUAGUGUCAUCAGAGUCUGAUUGGAAGGUAUCAGUGUUGGUGGUGCAACAAUAA